AUGGCCCGCACCAAGCAAACAGCGCGAAAAUCGACCGGUGGGAAAGCUCCCCGCAAACAACUGGCGACCAAAGCGGCGCGCAAGAGCGCCCCAGCCACGGGCGGAGUGAAGAAGCCCCAUCGCUACCGGCCCGGCACCGUGGCUCUGAGGGAGAUCCGGCGCUACCAGAAAUCCACCGAGCUGCUCAUCCGCAAACUGCCCUUCCAGCGCCUGGUCCGGGAGAUCGCUCAGGACUUCAAAACCGAUCUGCGCUUCCAGAGCUCGGCCGUCAUGGCCCUGCAGGAGGCCAGCGAAGCUUACCUGGUGGGGCUCUUUGAGGACACCAACCUGUGCGCCAUCCACGCCAAGCGAGUCACCAUCAUGCCCAAAGACAUCCAGCUGGCCCGGCGUAUCCGCGGGGAGCGCGCCUAAACCCGACCUCGGCACCAAGCACAACAAAAGGCUCUUUUCAGAGCCACCAAUCCGGCAGGAAAAGGGCUGUCAAUUCCUGUUCACUAACCUUUCGUUAAUCAUGCUAUUCCCUUCCGUCCUUUCCUUGUCGGUGUUUUGUUCAAUAAGUUGUCCCUUUUGGUCUCAUUAACUCCUAACACUGAGAAGUCAGCGCGAACGCCAGAUACAACCUCUUACCCCAUACCCAAAGUGUCCCUGUCCCACACCCCUGCUGUGUACAGGUGGUUAUUGUCGGCAUGGUGUCCAGUUUCCGAUUGUUACUGUUUUAGAGAUAGGGUUUUAAGAAAUACAGUUUACCUUUUAUUACCCUAUUUCUAGUCGAUUCCGCGUAUAAGUUCACGGGGUCACAAGAGUUUUCAGAUGCUAGGAUUCAGGUUCUUACACAACAAAACCUUUUUUCACGUUACCUAUUCACCUUAGGCUGCAGAUUCAGAAGAUAGUCCAGUGCAUAAACUGAUAGCAUUUAUACACAGACCAAUCUCAACCGCGAAUAUAUACUGUGCAUCGACUUUUGGAAGCUAAAUAAUCAGAAACAUUCAAACCGGUGAGUUGCAAUACUCAGGCUGUUACUGUAAUGUAGAUCUUCACUGAAUUAAUGAGUCAACGCAUACUUUUGUAGACUAACGAUCAAUAAGCAACUUGGCGGGAUUUUCAACUUUUCGAUCAUCCGGGGAACUAGCUGGCAGUAACUUUCGGCGCUUUUCUUUCUGCUCUCUGUUCAUUGGUGAAUAAGGCAGCUCUCUGAUUGGCUUACUGCGCUCAUCGGGAAUGAAAGGGAAUUUUAUCUCCAGGCGCUUCAUGUAACAACGUGACCCGAUACCAUCCAUUCUGGCCUGUUCCACCAUAUGCCUCCAACUAACCCGAAACCGCAUCCUUAACAGUCAACUCCAACAUCCUCCCAAUAACACUGAGGUAAAAGUAACCGGCCUACAAUUUCUUGAAGAGUGGAGUGAUAUUUGUGAUUUUCCAGUCCUCUGACACCAUGUCAGAAUAAAUUGAUUCGUGAAAGAUCAUUCCUGAUACGUCCACAAGCUCUUCAAUCACCUCUUUCAGCACCCUGAGGUAUAGCCCAGGUGCCAACUCACCUUCAGCUUCCCAGGUAUCUUUUCCCUAGUUAUGGAAACUUCUAGACCCUGGCAAUUUCAAACUUAUGCGCAGUGCUAGAGUCUUCCACAUUAAAGGGACACCACUUACUUCACCCACUUUGUGGUCACUAUUUGGAUCUCAUCACCACUGGGAGAAUCAGAGGUGAACAGCAGGGAUGGAUUUAAAUGCACUGUCGUGGAGCAGAAACUGUGGCAAGGACCAACUGGACUGAGUUAUCUCCUGACUGAACACAAAGUGUGCUGUAAGUUCACCUGCAGUCACUUUUGAAUCUACCUCGUUUCCAAAACUGUGAUGGUUAGGUAUACAGCAUGCAGCCUUUUAAAACCUUUUCCUCAGUGUGAAUUCAGUAGUGUGCCCUGGAGUUGGAUGACUGAAUCCAUUCUCACAGUCUGUGCAGGUGAAUGGCCUCUCCUCGGUGUGACCUGACUGGUGUACACGUAGGGUGCGGAACAGAAUGAGCACCUUCCCACAAUCUGAGUAUGUGAUUCGGGCAGCGCUGUGUAAGUCCAUAGCGGGGGUAUUCCCUUCGGCUGCCGGCAUGGGAUGACGAGUCUAUCGGGACCCUGAGGACUUGUGGAAACUGUGUGGUGGUUUCUUUCGAAGUUAUAGUCUUUUAACAUCUUUGAAAUAUUUUUACCGUGCCCAUGGUCUUUUUUUUUACAAAAUUAUGGUAUUGUUUGUACUGUUGUAACUACGUGGUUUUGUGCAGGUCUUGUAGCUUUAGUUUUUGGUCUUGCUUUGUCUGAUGGGUUUGGAGCUCCUUUCCGGGGAACGCGCGUGCAAUACUAAUACGCAGCAGCCUCUCCGGACUCUGGAUUGGGGAUUGCCAAACGUUAUGUAGAUUUUCUGGUGUAGUCUAUUUUGUCACGUGUUUUGUUGAUACCAUUCUGGAGGAACAUUGUCUCAUUUUUUAACUGCAUUGCAUUUGUGGUUCUUAAAUGACAAUAAACUGAAUCUGAAUCUGAA